AUGGCGCAGGCCGACGCAUUCCCGGACGAAGUUAAGAUUUUGAAGAGGAACAGGGAACUUCCAUUUGAGCAGUGGGUGUGUAUUGAAAGGUCGAGCAAGCUGUGCAAAACUUCGCCAUUUUUGGACGAUGAUGACGUUAUUCGAAUGGAAGGCAGAACAGCUCCAGCGGUAUUCGCAGCGGUUAGUACAAGAUUCCCGGUCAUACUGCCGAGAAAUCACAUCAUCACAACGAAGCUAUUGGAGGACUUCCACAUCAGGUAUGCCCAUGGCUCAAAGGAAACGGUGGUGAACGAAGUGCGGCAAGGGUAUUUCAUUCCGAAGCUACGAUCAGCAGUGAGCAAGGUGAUCGGUAACUGCUUGAAGUGUCGACUACGCAAAGCCAAACCAAUUGUGCCUAGGAUGGCACCACUACCCAUUCAGCGGAUGCAACCAUUUGUUCGACCUUUCAGUUACGUAGGGCUCGACUACUUUGGGCCAAUCGACGUCACCGUGGGAAGGCGCAAAGAAAAACGGUACGUGGCACUUUUCACGUGUCUGGUCAUACGAGCUGUGCACUCGGAUAAUGGGACGAAUUUUCAGGGGGCCAGCCGAGAGUUACGAGAGGAAUUGGAGAGGAUCGACCGGGAUUGCGCGAACACUUUUACUGGCACGAAUACGAAGUGGACCUUCAACCCACCAUCUGCUCCUCACAUGGGCGGAGUAUGGGAGCGGAUGGUGCGGUCCAUCAAGGAAGCGAUGACGGCUUUGAGUGAUGGACGAAGGAUGACCGAUGAAAUCUUGAUCACGACUUUGGCUGAAGCAGAAUUUUUGGUCAACGCACGCCCGUUGACUUACUCGGGAACAGAAGAUGCCGAAUUGGACACGAUUACCCCGAAUCAUUUCCUGAUCGGGUCUUCUUCAGGACAACACCAACCUUUUCAACCGCCAGUAUCUUUAGCAGAAGAACUGAGGAGUAGCUACAAGCGGUCCUUGGCAUUGGCGAAUGAAUUCUGGACGAGAUGGUGUAAAGAGUAUCUGCCAACAUUGAAUCAGCGAAGUAAGUGGAACGUGGAUGGCAGGUCGGUGAAGGUGGGCGACCUGGUCUUCGUCAUGGAUGACGGAAAAGGUUCUGCAGGGGUUCGUGGCGUAGUUGAGGAAGUGUUCACUGGUGUCGAUGGACGUAUACGACAAGCUGUAGUUAGAACGGAUGGGGGAAUAUAUAGACGACCAGUGGCAAAACUAGCGGUGCUGGAGAUAGGCGAUAAACCUGGGAAUACUUGCGGUGGACAGUCUGACCAGGGUUUAUGGGCUGGGGACUGUUCAAACCAACGGGAUUGA